CUUUGUUAGGCAUGAUGAUAUCACGUACCAAUCCAUAGCUAGGGCGUUUAACCUCCCUCUUAAGCUGCACGAGGCUGCAUUUGAGCGUAUGAAGCGACUUUCGAAACCCCACGCCUCACAGCCAAACUUCAGCUGGGACACGCCGUCUGCGGCCUUGACCGCCAAGAAGCGAAUGAUCCAACUCCCACUCGACGAUUCACUACCCGAUGAGGAUCAAGUCAUUUUCGUAAACGAGAGUCUUUGGGUCCCUGUCAGCUGCGUCAAUGGAAACAUUCACAUCCUGCCCGGUAUCCCCAGGCUGUUUGAAAGUAUGCUGGACGGGCUGAGGCCCCGCUUGUUACCGCGUUUGACAGACCCUGAAGGUAAAGGCGUGCUUCGGAUUCUGAUAUCGACGCCCAUGGCGGAGAGCACAAUCGCAGAAUAUCUAACGCAGCUAGCAGCCAAGACAGAGGCUAAGGGGGUCAAGGUCGGGAGUUAUCCCCGGUGGCAGAAGAACCGCAACACAGUGACGCUGGUAGGAAGGGACGGGGAAUUCAUGGAGUCAUUGGUGCCGGAAGUGGAAGAGGCAGUCCAGGGGCGGCGGGUAGCGGUGGAAGGGGAAGACGACUCGGACAGUGGUGAGGCUGAAGACAGCAAACCGGCGGCGGGCUGA